GUCAAAGUCAUAGUCCUACCUGCGGACGAAAAAUUUUAUGGUGGGCAGGCAUUCGCCUUGGCUCGUCAAGUCAGCUGACACUCGCCCUUGGCCAUCAACCACCAGCCAACUCCACUUUCAUGAUUUGAUCUGAUCUGAUCUAAUCUAACCUGACCACAACCAUGCUCUACGUUAUCGGCCUCGGUCUCUCAGACGAGCGCGACAUCACCGUCAAGGGCCUCGAUGCCGUCAAGUCUUGUGAGCGUAUCUAUCUCGAGGCAUACACCUCGAUCCUCAUGGUCGAUAAGGAGAAGCUGGAAGAGUUCUACGGCAAGUCAGUGACGGUCGCAGACCGCGAAAUGGUCGAGUCCGAGUCUGACACGAUCCUCGACAACGCCCAGAACGUCAAUGUCGCCUUUCUCGUCGUCGGCGACCCCUUCGGCGCCACCACCCACACCGACCUUGUCAUCCGCGCCAAGGAACUCUCCAUCCCCGUCGAAACCAUCCACAACGCCUCCAUCAUGAACGCUAUCGGCGCCUGUGGUCUCCAGCUCUAUAACUUUGGUCAGACCAUCUCUAUGGUCUGGUUCACCGACACCUGGCGCCCAGAUUCAUGGUACCCACGCGUCAAGGAAAACCGGGAUAUUGGACUUCACACUCUCUGCCUGCUCGAUAUCAAGGUCAAGGAGCAAUCUCUCGAGAACAUGGCCCGCGGACGAAAGAUCUACGAACCUCCACGCUAUAUGACCGUCAACACCUGUCUGGAACAGAUGCUCGAGAUCGAGGAGAAGAGGAAUGAGAAGGCGUAUGGACCCGAGACUUUGGCCAUUGGAUGUGUCAGACUCGGCACACGUACUCAACUGUUCAUCUCCGGAACCAUGGAACAACUCUUGGACGAGGAUUUCGGUGCACCUUUGCACUCGUUAGUCUUGAUCGGACGGAGGAUGCAUGUCAUGGAGGCCGAAAUGGUCCGUGGCUUCUGUCCUGAAAAGUACCGUGCCAAAUUUGACGAGAUCUACAAGCGCGAUUACGAGACCUAAACAUCUCCUCACCUCAUCCAUCAUUUCCCUUCUUACCCUAUGGUAUAUCAUAUUUAAUAAAUGUUUUUUAAAG